AUGACCAAAAUAACAUUAUUAGACCUUACACAAAAUCAAUUGAAAGGCCCAAUUCCAAGCUCAUUGUCGACUCUCAAAAAUCUGGAGAUAGUUUUGUUGAGUGAUAACAACAUCAGUGGCAUAGUGGAGGCUGAUAUUUUUCUCUCUCUCAAGAAACUGAAAGCUCUCUAUCUAGGUGGAAACAAAAUCACACUUUCAUUCAUUGAUUACCACACCAGCGACACUCUACCAAAGUUUGAAAUCUUAUGGUUGGAGUCAUGUAACUUAAAAGUUUUCCCGGACUUUUUACGCUUUCAAGAUCAACUACAAGAAUUGUCCCUUGACGACAAUAAAAUUGACGGGCCGAUACCUGAAUGGAUGGGGAAUACGAGCAAGGAAACAUUACAGGCCCUUUCACUUUCUCAAAAUUCCAUAAGGGGUUUCGAGCAGCAUUCGUCUGUUCUUCCUUGGGUUGGCUUACGGGAAUUGGACCUGAGUCACAAUAUGCUGCAAGGAUCCAUCCCAAUGCCACCACCAACCACCAUGAACUUUUUGGUGCUUGAUUUAUCAUUCAACAACAUUACUGGCUCCAUUACUCCAUGCAUUGAGAGAAUAGAGGAAUCAUUGUUAGUGUUGAAUCUUAGAAGCAACGUUUUACGAGGAACCAUUCCCAACACAUUCACUAAUGGAAGCAAGCUUCACAUGAUCAGUUUAAGCGAAAAUCAAUUGGAGGAUCAGCUACCUAGAUCAUUGGAAAAUUGUGCCUCACUCCAAAUCCUAGACCUUGGAAAUAACCAUAUAGAGGACAUGUUCCCCUUCUGGUUAGAAAAACUUUCAGAGCUACAGGUUCUCAUCCUCAAGUCUAACAAAUUUCACGGUGCUAUACCGAUCCCAGAAAAAACCAACUCCAAGUUCCCAAAAUUACGCAUCAUCGACCUCUCAUAUAAUUCAUUUUCUGGUGAUUUGCCACAUCGGUACUUCCAAGGGUGGUCAGCAAUGAAAGAUACGAAAUCAGAUGCAACAUAUAUGCAAGCAAGGAUUGAUAUUUGGGUGGAAAACUACGGUGGAUUGGGAAUUAUUCAUACUCAAUGA